CAGAGGAGGGGACACUCGGACCAGAGUGUAUAUGAGACCCUCGUGCUCCGGGUCAACACCUCACUUCAGAUCUUCUCCUUCAGCAUCCCGACGUUCCUGCUGGUUAGCGGUUUCUCUCAGGCCCACAAUGGUGAGACGACGCUGCCUCCUCAUCCUCGGUGCAACGAUCCUCUGGUUGGUGCAGGCGGUGCACUCAGGGGGAUAUGGUGUGUCCUCUGGUGUUUCCAAUGGCGCUGCACUUCAAAAUAAUGGAUAUAAACCACAGAACAACAGAGGUGUGGGGUCAUUGCUGAUGCCAUCGAAAGGUGUUGGUCACACAGGGAGACCACAAAAUGGAUAUGCUGGAUAUCCCACCAAGGGAGUGGGUUAUGGAGCCACAGCUGGAAUGAACAAAGGAGUUGGAAUGAAAGGUUAUGGACAAGCAGCUGAACAGAUGAGUGGACGCGGGGGGAAACAACUGGGUUACGGGGCUCAGGCUGGUGGAUACGGAGCAACUAAAGGAAACGGUUACGAGGCAGCAGCUGCCUCACAAUAUACACCUGGAGCAAGAGGCAAUGGAAGAAAUCCAGCAGUUUUUUUCAACAGAAAUGGAGCACAGCCUAAUGCAGGUUAUGGUGUUUCAGCUGGACCUUUAUCUGGAGGACAAAUCAAAGGUUACGGGGCUCAGGCUGGUGGAUACGGAGCAACUAAAGGAAACGGUUACGAGGCAGCAGCUGCCUCACAAUAUACACCAGGAGCAAGAGGCAAUGGAUAUGGACCUAAAGCUGGCCCGAGCAUUAGACAACAACUAAAAUCAGGUUAUGUUGCUCAAACUGGUGGACAAGGAGGAAAACCCAACGGCUAUGGGGUUGUGGCUGGCCCAAGCACAGGACAACAAAUGAGAAAUGGUUAUGCUUCUCAAUCUGGAGGACAAAUGACCAAAGGCAAUGGUAAUGUUGCUGCAGCAACUACCCAAAAUGGACUUGGAACUAAAGGUCAAGGCGUGGUGGCCGGACCAUCAACAGGAAAUGGAGCGUAUGGACAAGGAGGAGUGGGGAGCAAACCCAUGAAGGGUUAUGGCCGAACACCUUAUGGAACAGGUGUACAGAGGGGAGUGUUGGGAGGCCUGGGAGUUCCUCAGCCCACCAGAAAUCAGCAGAAACCAUACGGGAGCAAGUCUGGUUACAGAGCUCAGCCAAACGGUGGUUACAACGGCGGUUAUGGCAGCGCUGCUCUGGGACCUCGAUAUGGAAACGGAGGAAUAAAAGGACCGGCACAAGGCUAUGCAAACUUCCAACCACGUCCUGGUAACGGGGCAGUUCUAAGUGGUUAUGAGCAACAAGGUGGUGGAGUUGCUGCAAAACCUGCAAAAUCAGGUGUUGGUAACAUUCCUACCGGAUAUGGUGGCAGACCGAACGGGUAUCCUCAAUCAAAUGGAGGUUCAGGGAGACUCCAGCCAGGUUAUGGAGCCACAGCUGGAGGCGGAGUUUUUAAAGGAUACGGCGCUAAACCAAUUGGUCAAGGUGGAAAUGGUGCUGUUCUAAGUGGAUAUGGACGACAACCCAACGGUUACAACAUGAUGCCAAACGGAAAGGGUCAGGCUGUCAGAGGAGCAGAAGUGUCGGGUAGAAAUCCUCUUAAAGGUGGGAUGCAUUUCCAUCACCAUCACCAUCAGCAGCAGCAGAUGACUGCUCAGUUGGGCGAUGUCACCCCAAGGGUGGAUACCCCACCUGCCCCCGCCCCUACCAAUGGCCUCCUUGUUAUGGUGACCCAAGACAAGUACCAAAAGCUGCCUUCCCCUUUGCCACAAGGGAAGAAGUACAAACACACGCCACUUCAUCCUGAGGAAACGCCAGAACCUGCACCUGCAUACCCUGAAGCCAGAGGGCAGCACCUUUCACUGGAGCCGGCCCCCAUCGGACCAAAGGACAAGAACCAAAAGGGGGUUCUGUCUGGACCUGCAGCUGUGGUUCCUCAAGGGAUUCCCUCACCAGAACACGCAGAGAGCGGAGGAUCUUCAGUUUCUAAGGGACCAGGAGCCAAACUCGAUUGUGGACUCAGUGAUCAGUGGAUGAAGAUACCGAGGCCUGAUUAUAAUGCAGCAGCUGGUAGUUUGGAUGGCUCACAAACAAAAGGUGUUGUAGCGGGCGCGAAUGCUUAUCCAAACAAUGGAUACGGUGCAGGGCUGGGAUAUCCGUAUGCAGGGAAAACUGCUCAAGCUGGUGAGUCACGUUUUAAUUUAAAUCUGAGCAAAAAUGAAAGAAAAGAUGUGAAUUUUUCCAACUUGAUUUCAAAAGGAUAUGGACAAGGAGUCCACCCUGGGGCUGGAUAUGACAAUGGAAAUCAAUAUGGAGGAAAUGUGGUUCUUAGUGAAGCAGGCUAUAGAAAUGGAUUUGGCGCAGGACCUCAGCCUGACUAUUCAAGUUACGGUCAAAGUGUGUCGACUACUGAUGGCAAAUCAGGUGGUAACCCAAGACUUCCUGCAGGACUGGAUGGAAUGACUCAAUUUGAGCCUCGGUCUGUUGGUCUGGGUGCAAAUGUAAAAGGUGGCAUGUAUGGUGUUGGGGGGCUGCAGUUUGGUGGACAACCUGUGAAUUCCGGGAUUAACGGAGGACAGUAUGGUUAUGGAGGUAGUUCAUAUGGACCUGCAAGUGAUGGUAAAUCACCAGGAAAGUAUGGAGGUACGGUUGCCAGUAUGGGAGGAAAUCCUGUUCCUGGAAAGCAAAGUUAUGGAGGAUACCCUUAUAACCAAAAUGCUCAGAGAAAUCACGCUCAUGGAAGACUUCCUUAUGGAGUUCAACAGGCUGGACUCAACUCUGAAGCUAAAGCAGCUGGCCACUAUGGUCAUGCCGGGUCAUCAUAUCAGCCUGAAUCUGCUGGAUUUGGACAAAAAGGGAAAACAUCAGGACCAUACAGUGGUGGACAGGCUGCCUUUACACCUCAGUCUCUUGGGUUUGGAGAUAAACAGGGAGCUUUCCAGUCACAGCUUCUCGGGCCUGCAGCUGAAGAAGCAGCCGGUCAAAGUUAUGAGCGCGGCUUGGAUUCGGCAGGAAAAUCCUAUGUGAAAGGAGAAGUGCCGACUGCAGCACUAGCAGCUGAAAGUGGGAGGAUUCCCAUGAAUAAAUACGAAAAUGUUGGCUACAUAAAUGGACAAGUGCAGUCAGAAGUUGCUGCACUUCCUGCAGCUCCCACUGCCGGCUCCACCCUGGCCUUUUCGUCCCCUGACGCGAUUCCUCCAGAGGAUGUUCAGGACAUUCCGGAUCCGGAGGGCACAGCCAGCUUCUUGGAGUCGGCACCCGUCACAGAAAUGCUGGGCGAGUCUCAGGUACCGGAGGAUGACGAGAACCUGCCGCGUCAGAUCCACAUCCAGCAGCAUCUCAAACUCCACUUCAACCCGCAAAGCAAAAAAGAUGGUAAAUAUGAUGUAAAUGGCUUCUUUGGGAACAAUGGCUAUUAAGGUUGACGGUGCUGGAAAAACAAAACCUCAUUGUUGUUUUUUGUGUAUUUGUAAUGUAAUUAUGUAGACAAUCGUUUCAACACUUUGGAAUUCGGUUUUUGUUGUAUAAUAUUUCUACUCUGUUGUCCUGCACUCUCUGUUCUUUGCAAAGAUUUAGUUGCAUGAUGACGAUUUAAAUCCAAUUUUUGUUGAAACUUCCACAUAUCUCUGCUAAAAUCUGUUGUAAUGAUACUUCAGGCUAAUUUAUUUUCAGUGGAAAGGGGUUAUUUUUAUUACUUGAUGCAACAAACUGUUAAUUAUUGUACAGUAUUUGAUUAAACCGUGACAGAACACCAACAA